AUGGAGCGUGUGCGCAUUCGAUAUGUUCUGACGGGCGCCUGCCCGCCCACCUACUCGGGACGUGUGGUGCACGACUUUGUUGCCCUCAAGCAGCCGAACGGCUGUGACACUACAAUCGAGAUGGUGAAGGAGCGGUUCCGCUCGAACUGGCCAGCUGAUGUGAAGGAGCUGGCGGAGAGCAUUUCCGAGUCGGGGAUCCGCGUGCUCAAGGCAGGACGCGUGCUGAAUGAUCAUGACUCGUUGAUGCGGCAUCUCACGGCCUCGGAGCGGAAGGCGUGCCUUGUGUCGGGCGACACGAAAGUUGGAGAUACGAAUGACGAGAUGCAGAAACCUUCGGUGCUGAUGCACAUGGUCAUCCAGGGGAACCGCGCCCCGCUGGAGAACUCGAGGAAGGAAAAGCACAAGGUGAGCAGCACGCCGGAGGGCGGUAACUCGAACGAGGGGCACGAGAUGAAGAAGGAUAGCUGCUGCUGUGUUAUGUAG